ACAACGGGCAAUGACCUGUACUUCAACAUGUCUGCUCCCUCAACAUACUCAUGGCUUGCCUUUGGUAUCGGAGGCCAGAUGAAGAAUUCGUUUAUGUUCAUUGGAUAUCCCAGCUCAAACGGCUCAGGUGUUACUUUGAGCCCUCGACUAUCCACAGGCCACUCACAACCACAAUACACAUCUUCAAAGGAGGUCCAAGUCAGAUCUAGUUCUAUCAACAAUGGAACGUACCAACUCAUGGGCGUGUGUUACAACUGCACGGCAUGGUCCCUUGGAACGAUGGACACCACAUCAACGAACCAACCCUUCAUUUUUGCGCUUGGACCUUCUACCGAUACCAUCUCUAGCGAUUCGAUGUCUCAGAACAUUGCUCAGCACACCAUGUACAACUCCUUCUCGAUGGAUAUGACGCAGGCCGCUUUCAGCGGAUCCAACACCCCCGCAUUGAACUCUGGCGGUAACUCUGGUUCGACUCACGGUGGUUCUUCUUCUGGCUCAUCUCAUGCAGCUAGCGAGAACGUAUACAACAGAGUUCACGGCAUCUUUAUGGCUAUUGCUUUCGUUAUUCUGUUUCCCCUGGGCGUUCUGGUGCUUCGCCUGGGUCACAGCGUUAUCGGCCAUGGUAUUAUUCAAGCCCUUGCCUACUGCUUUGUCAUUAUCGGCUUCGGUACUGGAAUCUACUUGUCUGAUAAAUUCGGCUAUAACGAAUACAACACAGCUCAUCAAAUUAUCGGUCUCGUACUGUUCGCCCUUCUCGCUAUUCAAGCUCUGGGUGGCUUGAUUCAUCACCUUCUCUUCCGUCGCGGCCACAAGACUAUCAUCGGCAAGGUUCACAUGUUCCUUGGUAUUGGCUUGAUUAUCUUGGGCAUUGUCAACGUGCCUUUGGGUCUCAACCAGGCUGGCGACAGCAACUACAACACCGCAUACAUCAUUGUUGUCGCUAUCCUUGGUGCUAUAUACUUGGCACUUCGCUUCUUCGCACUUUGGAGAAACAGACGGGAGACUAAGAGGGAGGGAAGUGAAAAGGGUGUACUGAGAAGGGGCUCCAGCAGCGACGAAGCUGCUGUCAUCUGA